AUGCUGUACUGUGUUUGGGUAAUUCUUUUAUACUGGAGAUUGAUUGCACCGGUCGUUGGAUUAGAUAAUGGAGAUGCUGAUACCCUUAAUUUUAAGGUUGAACCUGUUAAAUAUUCCAACUAUGAUUCCACCUACGAUAGAUUUUGCUUUACAAUGGAACUGUCACCCACUGAAGAGUUGACUUCAAAUGUCUUAUUCACAUUUUAUGUGCUGGAUGUACUGCCGUUCGCAACUGAUGCAGGUAGAUUUGGCGGUACUAGUAAAUCUAGAGGCCGCCAAGCUCUACACAUGAGUAUCAAAGAUCCAAUCAGUGGUAAUCUCCUGCGAUCUACCAGGAACUUAAAAUCAGGGGUUACACAUGUGGAACUGAACGCUGGGGAUUCUCAUAAACUGGACGUUUGCCUUGCUAAUUUAGUUUACGAUUCAUCUUGGUCGUCAUUAGACAUUUGGGAAUUUGUUGCAGUUCAAUUAAAGACCAAGGAACAACUGGCAUGGUCAAAAUUAGGUUCCUUACAAGAGGAAUACCAGGUUCAACAGGAUGUGGACAAUUGCAUGAAUAAAAUAUCGCAUACAAUUAACGGUGAAAUUUUCCAAGAGUUAAGGUCAACAGAAACUGAACAUAGGAAUAUCAACGAAUCCCUCUGUAAUGCAUUUGUGAUUACACUUAUUGUAAUGAUAGCAUUUAUCAGUUCACCACCUGUGAUAUUGGCGUACUACUGCAUAAAAUACAAGGGUUUUCCAGGUGUACGUUCACCGCGAGCCUAA